AUGGAAGGGGUAAAGCUUUCGUUCCCUGUGGAUACUCCACCGCUUUCAGUCAUCGUUGCGCUCUCUCUCUCAGCUUCGCCGGUCGCUAUUGACUCUUCCGCCGCCACAACCACCGUCCCUACCUUUGUCUUCUCCGACGGGCGGAAAUUGAGUGGGACUUCCGUUCUUCUUCGCUAUGUUGGUCGAUCGGCGAACAAGCUUCCUAAUUUCUACGGCAGCAAUGCUUUCGAUUCUUCCCAGAUUGACGAGUGGGUAGAUUACGCUACCGUCUUCUCCUCCGGUUCAGAGUUUGAGAACGCAUGCAAUCGCGUCGAUAAGCACCUCGAGACUCGCACGUUUCUCGUUGGCCAUUCUCUUUCCAUUGCUGAUGUUGGUAUUUGGUCAACUCUCGCUGGAAGUGGCCAAAGAUGGGAAAGUUUGAGGAGAUCAACAAAGUAUCGGAGUUUAGUUAGAUGGUUCAAUUCGAUACUAGAAGAGUACAGCGAGAUCCUCAACAAGGUCGCAGCAACAUACACUGCUAAGAAAGGCUCAGGGAAGCCUGUUGCUGCACCAAAGUCCAAAGACCAACAACAAGCUCUGAAAUCAGAUGCACAGGAGAAAGGAGGAAAACCUGAAGUUGAUUUGCCAGGUGCGGAAAUCGGAAAGGUUAAACUCCGGUUUGCUCCAGAGCCAAGCGGUUAUCUUCACAUCGGACACGCCAAGGCUGCGCUGCUGAACAAGUACUUCGCCGAGCGAUACCAAGGGGAAGUGAUUGUGCGUUUUGACGACACAAACCCUGCGAAAGAGAGCACCGAGUUUGUUGAUAAUCUUGUGAAAGAUAUUGGCACCUUGGGGAUCAAGUACGAGAAGAUAACUUACACUUCCGAUUACUUUCCUGAGCUGAUGGCAAUGGCGGAGAAGCUGAUGCGUGAGGGCAAGGCUUAUGUUGAUGACACGCCGAGGGAGGAAAUGCAGAAGGAGAGGAUGGAUGGGAUUGAUUCGAAAUGUAGGAACCAUAGCGUGGAGGAGAAUCUGAAGCUGUGGCAAGAGAUGAUUAAGGGGAGUGAGAGAGGAUUACAGUGCUGUGUUCGAGGGAAGUUGAACAUGCAAGAUCCUAACAAAGCGAUGAGAGACCCGGUUUACUAUCGGUGCAACCCUAUGCCUCACCACCGUAUAGGUGAUAAGUACAAGAUCUAUCCGACGUAUGACUUUGCUUGCCCGUUUGUUGAUUCUCUUGAAGGUAUAACGCAUGCUCUUCGUUCUAGCGAGUAUCAUGACCGGAAUGCUCAGUACUACAAGGUUCUUGAGGACAUGGGAAUGCGAAGAGUUGAGCUUUACGAAUUCAGUAGGUUAAAUCUGGUUUACACGCUUCUCAGCAAGCGCAAGCUUCUCUGGUUUGUCCAGCAAGGUUUGGUCACCGGGUGGGAUGAUCCUCGCUUCCCUACAGUGCAAGGAAUCGUUCGUAGAGGUUUGAAAAUUGAGGCGCUUAUUCAAUUCAUCCUCGAGCAGGGUGCUUCCAAGAAUCUGAACUUGAUGGAAUGGGACAAGCUUUGGUCUAUUAACAAGAAGAUCAUUGAUCCUGUGUGUCCAAGACAUACGGCUGUGGUUGAAGAGAGGCGUGUACUGUUGACCUUAACGGACGGUCCAGAUGAGCCGUUUGUACGGUUGAUACCAAAGCACAAGAAGUUUGAAGGUGCUGGAGAGAAGGCAACCACGUUCACGAAGAGCAUUUGGAUCGAGGAAGCUGAUGCGAGUGCCAUCUCUGUUGAUGAGGAAGUUACUUUGAUGGAUUGGGGAAAUGCCAUUGUUAAAGAGAUCACCAAGGACGAGGAGGGUCGUGUCACUGCUUUAUCCGGCGUCUUGAAUCUCCAAGGAUCUGUCAAGACUACAAAGCUGAAGCUCACGUGGCUUCCCAACAUUGAUGAAUUGGUCAAGCUCACGUUAACAGAGUUUGAUUAUUUGAUCACCAAGAAGAAGCUGGAGGAAGACGAUGAUGUUGCUAACGUUGUGAAUCCUUACACGAGGAAGGAAACAUCUGCUCUUGGUGAUGCCAAUAUGAGGAAUCUGAAGCGUGGAGAUGUGAUCCAGCUUGAGAGGAAAGGCUAUUUCAGAUGCGAUGUGCCUUUUGCCAAAUCGUCGAGUCCCAUUGUCUUGUUCUCGAUUCCAGAUGGAAGGCAACACCAGCCAUUGUCAGCCUAA